AUGGAAGGCCGUUAUGUAAACAUUGUGAUUCCUGGAAGACAAGAAUACCUGACACUGUGUGAGGUGGAGGUCACUGGUCAGCCUUCAGAUAAAAAUAUUGCUAAAGGUGGGAAAGUGACUCAGUCCUCGCUGUACGGGAAUGCUGAAAGGGCCGUUGAUGGAAAUCGUGCUAGCAACUGGCCAGAGGGUUCCUGUACACACACACAAAAGGAUCAAAAUCCAUGGUGGAGUCUGGACCUCCUGAAAACGUAUAAGAUCAACACUGUCACAAUCACCAACAGAAAAGAUUGUUGCCCCGAAAGGCUCAAUGGUGCUGAGAUCCGCAUCGGAAACUCCCUCACUGAAAACGGGGAUGCUAAUCCCAGAUGUGCAGUGAUCUCAUCUAUCGCUGCUGGGGCCUCACAAACCUUUGUUUGUAAUGGAAUGGAAGGCCGUUAUGUAAACAUUGUGAUUCCUGGAAGACAAGAAUACCUGACACUGUGUGAGGUGGAGGUCACUGGUCAGCCUUCAGAUACAAAUAUUGCUAAAGGUGGGAAAGUGACUCAGUCCUCGCUGUAUGGGAAUGCUGAAAGGGCCGUUGAUGGAAAUCGUGCUAGCAACUGGCCAGAGGGUUCCUGUACACACACAGAAAAGGAUCAAAAUCCAUGGUGGAGUCUGGACCUCCUGAAAACGUACAAGAUCAACACUGUCACAAUCACCAACAGAAAAGAUUGUUGCCCCGAAAGACUCAAUGGUGCUGAGAUCCGCAUCGGAAAUUCCCUCACUGACAACGGUGAUGCUAAUCCCAGAUGUGCAGUGAUCUCAUCUAUCGCUGCUGGGGCCUCACAAACCUUUGUUUGUAAUGGAAUGGAAGGCCGUUAUGUAAACAUUGUGAUUCCUGGAAGACAAGAAUACCUGACACUGUGUGAGGUGGAGGUCACUGGUCAGCCUUAGUAUGCAGUUUAAUUUAAAGCCAAUUAAUUCA